AUGCCUCCAAAAAAAAAGAAAGCAAUGGAAUGCAGAAGCGAUGAAGAGGGCAGUAGAAGCAGUUAAGAACAAGGAAAUGGGAACUCUCAAGGCGCCUAAAGCAUUUGGCGUGCCCAAAAGCACACUGAUUGAUUAUGUAAUAAGUAAGAAACCGGUUGAUACAUUACUUGCUAUCAAAUUAGACAGAAAACCUACUUUAACAAAUGAACUUGAAGAAGCACUAGUUGAGUAUGCUCUCGAAAUGGAAAGAAGGUAUUUUGGUCUCCGAGCGUCAGAUGUAAGAAGACUAGCCUUUCAGCUGGUGAUACGUAAUGGGCUUAAGCAUCCUUUUUCUUGCCGAAGUGCCGCUGCUGGAAAAAAAUGGUUGAAAUCGUUCAUGUCAAGACACCCAAAAUUGUCUUUCCGAAAACCACAGGGAAUUUCUGCAGCCCGUGUUAAGGGUUUUACAAAAGAGAAUGUUCAAGCAUUUUUCAACAUCCUUGGUAGCGUUUUGCCAAAAGUUGGCUUUAAUCCAGCAGCAAUCUAUAAUGUUGAUGAGACUGGUAAGGAGGCUACACAAGCCUUCUAG